ACCGCUGUAGCGUGCGCAGCUUGCACCGCCAGAUGGUCCGCGAAACUUCCCGGCUCCGCUGACAUCUACCUCCUCCAGGCUGAUGUUUCAUGUCAAAACCGUGCCAGCCCUGACGCGGGCAGGGGCGGACAUCCCCUUCAAACGGCUCCUCUCCAGCCGAGGACUCCGCUCCACCGUCACCUCGACCUCGGCGACCCAGGCGGAGGAUGUCAGCAGCCGCGGCGGCGCAAAACAUGACUCGGCACCGGCGGAGCUCCCAGUACAGCCGGGGAGAGGAGGGAGAGACGGCCGCGCCGCUAAUGAGAUCUCCGUAGACUUUGACCAGACACAGGGGGCUUAUAAGAGCAAAGACUCAUUAGAGCUGCUCAGAAGUUUGGUGGUUUUCAAACUCUGCUCCUAUGACUUCCUGGUUGAUAAGAAUAAAGAGAUAAUGGAUCUCGGUAAGAAGGUCCUGGGCCAGAAAGCAUUCGAAAAGUUCAUGAAGAUGACAUUUUAUGGCCAGUUUGUCGCUGGUGAGGACCACAUGGCCAUCAGACCGCUGAUCCAGAAGAAUCAGGCCUUCGGUGUGGGCUCUGUCCUGGACUACAGCGUGGAGGAAGACAUCAGCCAGGAAGAGGCCGAGCAGAAAGAGAUGGACUCCUGUGUAUCUGCUGCAGAGAAACAGAAAAAAGGUGAGGACCACAGAGAGAAAAAAUACAAAGCGCACAAACAAUUUGGGGACCGUCGCGGGGGUGUGACUGGAGCCCGCACGUAUUUCUACGCAGAUGAGGCCAAAUGUGACCAGCAUAUGGAGACCUUCAUCAAAUGUAUCAAAGCAUCUGGUGGGAGUGCAAUGGACGGUUUCUCUGCCAUCAAAAUGACUGCUCUAGGACGACCUCAGUUUCUGCUUCAGUUCUCAGAGGUCCUGGUGAAAUGGCGGCGAUUUUUCACCUUCCUGGCAUCGCAGCAGGGGAAUGACAGCAUGGAGGCUUUAGAGCAGAGGCUGGAGCUCAAACAAAUGCAGGAAUUCCUGACCAAACUGGGUGCAAAAGGUGACUUCUAUGGCUGGUUUACUGGAAUGAAAGAGGAACUGUCGGGAACCAUUGACAUGCUCGACUGGAACAGCCUAAUAGAUGACAGAACAAAGAUAUCGGACCUGCUGGUUGUCCCAAAUGUAGAGCUAGGUGAGCUGGAGCCUCUGCUGGAGAAGUUCACUGAAGAGGAGGAGAAACAGAUGAAGAGGAUGUUACAGCGCAUGGACGUCUUAGUCAAGCAUGCCAUUGAGAAUAAUGUUCGCUUGAUGGUGGAUGCAGAGCAAACCUACUUCCAGCCGGCCAUCAGCAGACUGACAUUAGAGAUGCAGAGGAUCUAUAACAAAGAAAAGCCUGUCAUCUUCAACACCUACCAGUGUUAUCUUAAGGAGGCUUACGACAAUGUCACCAUGGACGUAGAGUUGUCUCGGCGUGAGGGUUGGCAUUUUGCUGCCAAGCUGGUGCGUGGGGCCUACAUGUAUCAGGAGCGAGAGAGGGCCAAAGACAUUGGUUAUGAGGACCCUAUUAACCCCGAUUAUGAGUCGACAAAUGUAAUGUACCACAGGUGUUUGGACUAUGUGCUGGAUGAGAUUGCGCUCAACAGAAAUGCCAACGUUAUGGUGGCUUCCCAUAAUGAGGACACUGUGAAACACACUUUGAGGAGAAUGAAUGAGCUGGGCCUCUUACCCACAGAGAACAAGGUGUACUUUGGUCAGCUACUGGGCAUGUGUGAUCAGAUCAGCUUCCCACUGGGGCAGGCAGGCUUCCCUGUCUAUAAGUACGUCCCCUAUGGACCAGUGAAUGAGGUGAUGCCCUACCUGUCUCGGAGAGCCCAGGAGAACCGAGGCUUCAUGAAGGGCGCCCAGAAGGAGAGGGAGCUGCUGUGGAAGGAGCUGAAACGCAGAGUUGCCUCUGGGGAGCUUCUCUACAGACCGGUGUACUGAAAACACAGAAGAAGAGACAAAGAGUGUGUCAGCGUGUCGAGUUUGUCUUUUUUUACAUUUUGUUAUCUUCUUGAGUUGACGGCUGCUGUUGUGGUUGUCUGUUCUGCCUCUCCCUCUGUACAGCUCUCUCCCCUGGAUGUACAUCUCCUGUUCCACCCUGUCCUGCAGUUUUCGCUGACCGACUAUUUCAGCAUGUCGCUCUCUCAUUCUAUUGUUUUCCCCUCCGUUCUGUGUUGUUACCCACCUUCACCCACCACCUUGUCUUUUGUGUACUGCCCAUGUUGUCACUAUUUCUUUGCCUUAGCCGCCCCUGCAUCCAUAAGCAUUCCUCAUUUUGUCCUCCCAUUGUCUGUAGAGCUCUGGUAUCCAUCAAGUGGGCAUCUUUACUGCUCCAAAAGGACUCCCUAAAAUGUCAACGAGACCGGGGCGGGCGUCUCGUUUUAUCACCCUAUUCAUCUUUGAAAGGGACAACAAUAAUAAAAAUAACAGGCUUGAUUUAAAUGGUAGUAAAGGAAACAUCAAUAUUCCCCUCCUAUAUUAUGAUUUUUUGACUCUUGGAUGGCCACGCAGUCCCCAGAGGAGGCUUCUGUGCUUCGUAUAUGUGUUUGUGUUGCUUGUUUGAAAAUGAUGCCUGUUUAUGAAUCAAUGAGAGAGUAUAAAUGGCUCCUCACAGCACAUCCCUCUUCUUCUAAGCGUGCAAUGCUUUUGUUAUUGUAUUUACUGCAGGAAGCUAUAUUCUGGGUCACUGAGGUGUUACAAGAGAACAUACAGUGUUCAGUAUUCAGGGAGUGAAUCUGCUUUUAAUACAGAUGCCUGCGAGUCUGGCAGGUUGUUUUAUUUUUUCAUUUCAGGGGAAUAAUAAGUUAGAGGGUUGCCUUUUAGUUCUAUUGCAUUUUGAUGGAUUAACUCUGCCGUUUUUUAUCUUUGACAAUGUAAAUAUGUUUGAAGCGGGUAAUUCCAUUUGUUGGUUUUACAUGUCUCACUUUAUGGACCUGUAAAAUGGCUCAAUGAAUAAAUAUGCACUGUAAGAACUGCAGAAGUCUACUUCCAACUGUUGUUAAAAGGAGGACUGGGUGUUAUUGACUGCAGUGUUGCAGCUGUGAGCUAUUUGUGGAGCUCGGGUUGUUUUGGGUUUUAUUUCUGCGACAUCUUCCGCUUAGUUAUCAAUACACAAUUAGUAUUUGAGUCAGAGGGUAACCAAGCUUCAUGAUAAUUACGGCCUUGUCAUUUUACGAGAGCAGUCAGUGCUCUGUAGACCAUCAUUUAAUUACCCAUGAUGCUACGCUCAAUACAGAUCACAGAAAUUGGAUGCAUUAAUCAUCACUCAGAAGAAACUUUAGUGGCUGUUAAGUUUUAGUGAGGCAAAGCGCCACAGAGCUGUCACUGCUGCUGUAUUCUAUCGGUUUAAUUAAGAAUCAAGUCGGCUGUUUUUUUAAAAGAUGUUCGAUGUGCCUGCGGGUAUACGUUUGGCAACAAAUCUCUUCUUACAGGGCGCUGGAGUUUUCCUGGUUAGCUACAGUUGCAAAGAUGAUUUAGAGGAGACAUUAUAGUGUUUGUUCCAAGUUCCAAGUCAAUCAAAACGUGCAUGAGCUCAGCAUUUUCUCUGGGACUUAUCAACACGUCUCCCAGCUUUAGAAGCACACAGGCAUGUAAUAGACUCAACCAGGCUAAUUUACUUUAUGUGAUGAGUGUUGACAUUGCAUUAUGCAAGUUUGAAGGAUGGCAUAUGUUGCAGAUUCCUUUGAGCUCCUCAGCCAAAUAAUAUAUAAAGAUGGAUGACGUAUCUCUACUUCCUCCCACCGUACAAAAAUGAAGCAGAAGUAUCCAUACUGCCGCUUCCAUCUGGAGCUGGUGACGUCAUUUGGAGCCAGAGUCUGCGCAGUUGCGAUCUCGAGUAUCGAGUUCUGAUGUCCGCCCAGUUACGAGUAAUGAUACUGAUUGUGAGCACACUGAUUGGCACACAAAGCUGUCAAUCAUGACAUCAAACCACCUUUCAGAUAACAUUAAAACCAAACUUAUCAGAUAAACGUUUUUCAGUAUGAUAUCAUCUAUCUAUAAUGACAGACACCAUCUUUCAGAUUUUUUAUUUAUUUUCAUUUUUUUAUGUGUACUUUGUUUUUUUAGUUAACC